AUGGAGGGCUUCGGCCGCUUCUCCCCGUGGCCUCACUCGGACCUCUGGGAGGCCCCGCCGCCCCGCAAGGAGCGCGCAUCCUCGGCGCGGCUGGGCGGGUCAGGGCCGCAGAGCGAGCAGGGCCUGUGCUCCCGGCCCGGGACUCCCCGCGAGCGGAGCGAGGCCUCGGCGCCCUGGCCGCACCUGCGCUGCUCGCCCACCCCGCGGCCCCGCCGGCGCCGGUACCCGGACUUUCCGCCUGAAAGCCGCAGCCUGACCGACGUGGCCCGGAGGUCCCCGGCCCACGCCAGGAAGCACCGGCCCCGCAGCCGGCGCCUGGAAGACGCCUGGGGGGAGGCGGGUACCAAGCCCCUGGAGCAGGGAGGCAGCCCGCCUAGCCCGGCCUGGCAGCAGCAGCCCCAGCUGCCACCGCAACAGCCUCAGCCCUGCCAGCACUACCCUCCGGCCCGGGGAGAUUCGCCCCCACCUUACCCGCAGGGAGCUUACACUCCCCGGAGUGGAACUUUCGGGGUAGAAAAGGUGCACAGCGGAGACCAGUGGGCAGUGCCGGCCUGCAGAGGUCUCGGUCGCUGGUCCCUUUCCUCGGUUCACACGAAGAGGUGUUCUGUGCCCUCCAGAGAGUUCGGGACGCAGUCAGGUUGCGUGUACCUCCAGAAAAGAUACCGUAAUGAUCCGGUGGAGUCAUUAGCCAGCCAGUACUCCCAGCCCUCGCUCUCCAGCAAGGCGAUGCAGAACCAGCACACCCAGAUCCUCAAGAACAAGCUGGAAGAGGCAGUAAUGUCCUCCAGGGACCGGAAGAUUGUGGCCCUGGUGCUGACCUGGCUCAAGAAGGCCCAGAGGAUGCGGGAGCUGCAGCAGCAGGCGGCCCUAGCCUGGGAGGAGCUGAAGCGCUCGGACCAGAAGGUCCAGUUGACCCUAGCGACAGAGCGCAAGCGGCUGCUGCAGCAGAGCCAGGAGCAGUGGCAGCAGGAGAAGGAGCAGCGUGUCCGACGGCGGGACCGGCAAGCGACGAACACGAUCCGGCAGGAGCGCAGGUGGAAGGCGCAGCUAGAGGACCAAGAGAACCAGCGCCAGGAGAAGCUGGAGGGGGCCCCCUCUGAGACCGAGGCCAAGCGCGGGACGCAGUACCAGGUGCAGCGCCUGCAGGAGCACGAGAGGAUGAUGCAGGACCUGCGGGAGCAGAACAGCCUGCAGCUGCAGAAGAGGCUGAAGCAGGCCUGUCUAAAGAGGCAUGUGCACACCACCGAGGGCCAGAAGAAGAUCCAGGAGACCCGUCUUAGCUCCCUGGUCAAUUACCAGGCCCGGAAGGUCCUCAUGGACUGCCAGGCCAAGGCUGAGGAGCUCCUUAGGAAGCUGUCCCUGGAACAGAGUUCCCAGUGGUCCCAAGAGAUCCCCCAGGGCCUGAUUAAGGAGCAUCACCGGGAGCCGAAGGAGAAGGUCAAGAAGGAGGAGGAGCAGUGCCAGCAGGUCAAGGGGUGCGCGGAAGAGUCCGGGGAGCAGAGGAAGGGGCACGAGCGGCUGCCCGUGGAGCUCGCGGACCAGAAGAUCCUGCAGACCAGGAGUAACGUCCACAGGAAUAUCAGCGACAAGGUGCAGCAGAUUCGGGAGCUCAACAUCCUGCGGGAGAAGAAUCAUCACAUCCUGAAGCUGAAAGCCGAGAAGGAGGAAAAGUGCCACAUCGAGCGCAUUAAGGAAGCCAUUAGGAAAAAGGAGCGGAAGAUGGAGCAGAUCUCGCGAGAGAAAGAUGCACCCUUCGGUGAAUUCCAAAAGAUCUCCAGGGCGUCCAGGGCAGACAACGUGAGAAAGUUUGCCAACCACUUCUUUGAUCCGAUAGGGCGGGAGGCCCAGGUUCGAGCUGGGCAGCAGAGAGGAGGCCACUGA